UAAAGUAUAAAACCGUGUCCGGAUUUAUUCAAGUUGCUUGAGACAAAUUCAGCUAAGAUGGAGCGUUUAACACUCUUUGUCUCCAUUUUCUGUGUUCUUUUUGUUUACGCUGAGGCGUUUUGUUGGCCUGAGGGUAGAGGAAAUGGGUACUAUUGUAAAUACAAGAACAAGCAUCUGCGCAAGGGCGAAAGUUACUUUAAUGCAACGGGUCCAUUCUGUUUAAACUGCACGUGUUCUGAAGAUGCAUACACGUUAAAUUGUUGCAGCAUUGGCAUUAAUAUCUUCAUUCUUCCAAACGACUGUGAGAGAAAACAGGUUGGAUGCAACCAGGAAGCUGUUAGCAAGGCCGACCCAAGCAAACCUUGUAAUGGCCCAGUACUUAGCUUCGCAUAAAAUUGUUUGCAAAAAACCCCCAAGUUAAUCACUCUGGUUUUAAUCUUUUGCCUAUUUUUUCUAAUGUGAACUUUUUUGGAAAUUAGUAAUAAAUUGUAUCUUAAGAUUUAGGCUCGCAGUUGCACAUUUUCUUCCAGUUUAUAAUCAAUUAUAUAUGAAGCAAUUUUUAUUUAUAAUUUAUAUAUUAAAUCUUUGUAAACAUUG